AUGAACAAAGUCGAUGGCUGGGGAUCUUUGGAGGCCGAGGGAAAAAUAUUCAUAAUGAUGAAGCCUCAACACGACGCUUCCCCCUCAAUCGCCCCCAAAAUCGAUGACUGGGGAUCUUUGGAGGCCGAGGGAAAAAUAUUAAUAAUGAUGAAGCCUCAACACGACGCUACCUUCUCACGCAUGAACAAAAUCGAUGGCUGGGGAUCUUUGGAGGCCGAGGGAAAAAUAUUAAUAAUGAUGAAGCCUCAACACGACGCUUCCCCCUCAAUCGCCCCCAAAAUCGAUGUCUGGGGAUCUUUGGAGGCCGAGGGAAAAAUAUUUAUAAUGACAAAGCCUCAACACGACGCUUCCCCCCCAAUCGCCACCAAAAUCGAUGGCUGGGGAUCUUUUGAGGCCGAGGGAAAUAUAUUAAUAACGAUGCAGCCUCAACACAACGCUACCCUCUCAACCGUGCCCAAAGUCGAUGUCUGCGGAUCUUUGGAGGACGAGGAAAAAAUAUUCAUAAUGAUGAGGCCUCAACACAACGCUACCCUCUCAAUCGCGCCCAAAAUGGCUGAAUACUCUUGUUGA